AUGCAGCCCCAACUCCUCCCCCUCGCGGCCCUCGCCGCCACAGUCAGCGCGCACGGCUACAUCUCCUCCCCCUACAUGCGCGCCCCGGGCAACGCCACGACGGCCGCCUGCGGCCAAUCCAUAGUCGCCGCCAUCGUAGCAGACAAGACCUCGCACGUAGAGGGUCUCCCCGAGCUCGGCGCGGCCGCGGGUUCCGGGUACCACGCCGAGUCGUGCAACCUGUGGCUCUGCCGCGGCGUGCAGUUCGCCGACAACGUGGCCCACGUACAAAAAUACACGCCGGGGCAAAGCGUCAAUAUCCAGGUCGCCCUGACGAUCCCGCACGUCGGGUCCGCGAAUGUGAGCGUCGUCGACACGCGGACGAAUGAGAUCGUCGGCGAGCCGCUGCUGAGCUGGCCGAGCGGCUAUGCGGACGAGCAGGCGUUUUAUGCCGGCGAGACGCCCGUUAACCAGACUGACUUCAAUGUCACUAUCCCGACUACGCUUGGGAGCCAGUGCGCUGAUGCUGGUGCUUGUGUCCUGCAGUGGUGGUGGUACGGCACGGGCGCCAAGCAGACCUACGAGUCUUGCGUCGACUUCACCGUUGCUGCGGCCUGA